AUUUUCUGGCCUUUUCUCUUGCAGCAGUCAUGGAUUCCAGAUGCAUGGAAAUAGCUGCCCUGGGAAGACCUCUGUAUCCUGGAAUGUUGUAUGAUUGCCGGAGCGACUCCUUUAUUCCAGGUGUUACUUUAUGGGAUAAAAAUGCAUUGCAUGAUGACCUUGAUGUUCAUCAGAAGCCUAAAACACAUCUGAAAUUUUCUGCUUCUGAUAGUCUCAGUGAAAAGGCAAACCUCCUAGACAUAAGCGCUUCCCUUAAAGCCAGUUUCCUAAGUGGAUUGGUGGAGGUUGGAGGAUCGGCCAAGUACCUGCAAGAUACCAAAUCUUCAGCACAUCAGUGCAGAGUUACUAUGCAGUACACCCAGACAACAACAUUUGAACAGCUCACUAUGAAGGAGCUUGGUAAUAUCACCUACCCACUAGUAUUUGACCAGAAAACAGCCACUCAUGUAGUUACAGCUGUACUGUAUGGAGCUCAGGUUUUCAUGGUGUUUGAUUAUACAAGUGCAGAAAAUGAAAACAAACAUGAAAUUGAAGGUAACCUUCAUGCAGUGGUCAAUAAGAUCCCUACCAUUUCCAUUGAGGGGCAAGCAUCCCUUAACAUGACUGAAGAUGAAAAAAAAAUGGCAAAGAAUAUUACUGUCACAUUUUAUGGUGACAUUAAACUUGAAGAAAACCCCACUACAUACAAUGAAGCCCUGGAAGUGUACAAGAAGGUGCCUGAUCUGAUGAAGCAACAAGGUAAAGGUGUGCCUCUGACAGUGUGGCUGUAUCCUCUCAAUCUUUUGAAUGAUAAGGCUGCAAAGUUGUUGAGAGAAAUUGAUUUGAGCCUGGUGUGUGAAACAGAAAGUUUGCUGGAGGAAUUCGGUGAAAUGGAGAGAAUAUGCAACGAUUUGAUCAAAAGAAAAAUAACAGAUGAUUUCCCUGACCUAAAGUACAGGUUGCUAAAAUUUCAUGCAUUACACAAAAGUUAUACAAGUUUGUUAAAGAAGGCACUAUGUAGAGUUCUGCCAGCGAUUCGUGGUGGGACACAAGAGGACAAGGCACUAAGUGACAUCCUGAGCAACCAUUACACAUCACCCUUUAAUAUAAGCAACAUGAACAAAUGGUUAGAUGACAUUACAGCUGAAUUAAAUAUACUGAGCUCCUAUACCAUUGGGUUGAAGGACAUCACAGUUGUAAAAUCAUCAGGGUCACUCAAUUCCAUCUGCCUUCAUCCUGAUGUUGAUGUGGUGGUAUGUUUAUCAUUUACAUCUCUAAAGCAUGAUGACUCCUGCCUAGAAGCUCUACAGGACUUUAACAAAUCUGAAGGAUUUACAAUGAUGAGGCAAACAAGUGAGAGAGAUUCCAUUCUAAAAGCAGCACAGCCUUGGUUCACUUCUCCUGACAUUUCUAAAAGGAUGAAGCAGAAUCUUUCUCUCUUUACUACUUUUUCAAAUGGCAAUAAAAAUGAGAAGAGAAUCAAAUUCAUCAUUGCCUCCAUAUCUGAUCCCAGCAAUCCAGGAAUCUCCAUCCAACUUUAUCAGAUUGGCUCUCUGACAGAUCCUAAGUUCCAGCCUGUAUCCAAACCUCCCAAACCUGUAGUGGAGACCAGUGAUGGGAAAGUCACCCUGAAGCUUUCAAAAUCCCCAACUGGAGAGACUUUACACUUCAGAGUUGAGUACAGGAUGACAUCUUCAUAUGAUUCAGCAGCUGAUGUUGAGGAAUGGACAGUCAAAGACACGUCAAAUGCACAGAAUACCUUCACAUUGACUGGACUAAAGCCAACAGAACAAUACUGGGUCCGAUACAGAGCUGUUAGUGAUGUGGGAGUGAGUGAAGCCAGCGACUCUGUCCCCUUCACCUUUCAAGGGAAGCUCACUGUGACAGUACACCAAUGGAACUUCUCCAUGCCUUCUCUCAUUACUGAACUCAGGACUAAAAUAAUGACCACUGUCGGCAUGUCACGAUGGUCUCCAUCUACUAUCAAGUCAGAGGUUAUAAAUAUUGUCAACAAUCCUACCAUUUCUUACACUGAGGAAAUCCCUGGAGGGCUGAGAGAAGGAAAAGCUUUGUACUUCCAAGGGGUCGUUUUUUCAAACGGUCAAUCGUUUACCUUGGAUUUUGAAACCGACGAGGGAGACGUCGCUUUUCACUUUAGGUCCUGGUUCAAUGAAUUUUUUCGAUGUAACAGCUAUGUGAAAAAGAAAUGGCAGGAUGAAGAACGUGUACAGUGUAACAUUUCCAAAGGAUCAGCAUUUGAAAUUUUUGUUGUGAUCAAAACAGAAGGUUAUGAGGUAUGGGAAUUAAAAGAAUAA